AUGACUGAGACUGAUGUUAGGUACUUCUCAGUGGUUGAGGUAGACAAGGAAACGUUGUCCCCGCUUUACCACAAACUGGGACACAUGCGGACUCAAAACCAGAGAAACCGGCUGAUCCAGAACACACUCUUCCUACUUGUGUGUAUAACUCUGUGUGGUUUAGCAGUGGAAGGUUACUUUAUCUACAACCUGUACAGGAAAAACCCUGAGUCUCAUUCUGAUCUACCACUGAAUGAACCACAACAAGAUGCACCAGGUGAGAAGAAAACAGUCCCUCUGAUAAACCCCUCAAGACCUCUUGCACAUCUGACAGCUUUAAUUAAAUGGCCUGACAAGAAUGGAUUGAUGCAGUGGGACAACACAACAGAUGUCAUACAUCAGCUAAAGUACGAAAAAGGAAAGCUGCUUGUUGAAAAGGAGGGAUACUACUAUGUGUACUCAAAGAUCUGGUUUAAAUCAGAUGGCAAUUUUAUCCACUCAGUGCAAAAAGAAACCCCACGCUAUCGAAACAAGCCCAUUGACCUCCUGACUGACCACAGAUACCAACUGAAGCCAGCCAUAAAAGGCUCUUUGAGGAGCAGCUAUCUGGGUGGGACAGAAGUAAUCUCUGCACUUAUCAAGUCACUGAUGGUUUGUGGAAAUGCACUAAAGCACCCUAACCCUAACCCUAAAAUCCCAACCAUAAAAGGCUCUUUGAGGAGCAGCUAUUUGGGUGGGGUAUUUAAUCUGUUCAAAAAUGAUCAAGUUUUUGUUCAGGUGAGGAAUGUCUCUUUGAUUUUCAUCAGCCUGGAAAAACUGCUGAGACUUGGUUUUGAGGUGGUCCAUCAGGUAACGCAACUUCCUAAGACGAUCAAGAUUAUUUUCUGUGGCAGGAUCUACAACAUGGAGGGCUGCCAUCAAUUCCUUGAAAUGGUCACGGGACAUGAAUAA